GAGAGAGAGAGAAGAGAGAGAGAGAGAGAGAGAGAGAGAGAGAGAGAGAGGGAGAGAACAGUACGGAAGAUAAGAUAUGGGAACAGCAAUCGGUAGGAAGUAGGAUUGACUCCCCUCCAACUGUCUUCACAUACAAAGCGCAACCGAUAAUGAUCCUCGUCUAGCACUCCAGUACCAGCAAUCGGUAACAAACAUCCUUAUCCGACGGAAGCCAACAACGGAUUUGACGGUCCCCAGUCCACUCCUCGUCUUUGCCGAUCGCCGCUCGCUUUCCAUAUAUCUCUCCCAGCUCCGUUUGAUCCGUAGCGCACUCGUCCGUCGUCGUCGCUCCCACUCCGCGUCGCCCCACUCUCCCUCUCCUCGUCGAACUCGCCUGGCUCCUAGUCCCGUCCCACUUGGAGCGAAUUUUGCCCGGGGUGAGAGAGGCGGCGGCCAUGUCGGGGCGAGGCUCUCUGCCGGAGGGCUCGCUCUUUCUUGGAUUGGACAGCUCCACUCAAUCGCUGAAAGCUACGGUGCUCAACAAUGAGUUAACAAUAGUAGCUUCUGAAAUUGUUAAUUUUGACUCUGAAUUGCCGCACUACAAAACUGAAGGUGGGGUGUACAGAGACCCCGCAGAUGAUGGCCACAUUUUUUCACCAACCAUUAUGUGGGUGGAAGCUCUGGAGCUGCUGCUUGAGAAGCUAAAACCAAAGAUCAACUUCGGUAAGGUAGUGGCUGUCUCAGGGAGUGGGCAGCAACAUGGCAGCGUUUAUUGGAAGAAGGGCAGCCAUGCUGUGUUGUCCUCCUUGGAUGCUAGUAAGAGCCUGUUAUCGCAGCUCAAGGAUGCAUUUUCUACGAUGAACUCACCGAUAUGGAUGGAUAGUAGCACAACUAAGCAAUGCAGAGAAAUAGAGAAUGCAGUUGGAGGUGCACUGGAGUUAGCAAAACUGACAGGAUCUCGUGCCUAUGAAAGAUUCACUGGUCCUCAGAUAAGGAAGAUCUAUCAGACAGAACCUGAUGUUUAUGAAGAUACUGAGAGAAUAUCUUUGGUGAGCUCGUUCAUGGCAUCUAUCCUUGUUGGAAGCUAUGCAAGUAUUGAUGAAACUGAUGGUGCGGGGAUGAACUUGAUGGAUAUAAACCAAAGGAUCUGGUCAAAAUCUGUUCUAGAGGCAACUGCUCCUGGACUUGAAGCAAAGCUUGGAAAUCUAGCACCAGCGUAUUCAGCUGCUGGCCGAAUCGCUCCUUAUUUUGUAGAAAGGUUUCAGUUUGAUAAGAACUGUUUGGUCAUUCAGUGGUCUGGAGACAAUCCUAAUAGCCUUGCAGGUUUAACUUUGAAUACUCCUGGUGAUCUUGCCAUUAGCCUUGGUACUAGCGAUACAGUAUUCGGGAUAACUGCAGAAGCUAAACCAAGCAUUGAAGGGCAUGUUUUCCCCAAUCCUGUUGAACCCGAUGGUUAUAUGGUGAUGCUAUGCUACAAAAAUGGCUCUUUGACCAGAGAAGAUGUGCGAAAUCGGUGUGCAGACAAAUCAUGGGAUGUUUUUAACAAUUAUCUGGAGAAAACACCCCCUCUAAAUGGUGGAAAGUUAGGAUUCUACUACAAAGACCAUGAAAUCCUUCCACCACUUCCAGUGGGUUUCCAUCGGUACGCUGUCGAAAACCUCAAUGACGUUACAUCAGACACUCUGUUGGAGCGUGAAGUGGAAGAAUUUGACCCACCGUCUGAGGUUCGUGCCAUCAUUGAGGGUCAAAUGCUGUCAAUGCGAGGCCACGCCGAGAGGUUUGGCAUGCCGAACCCUCCCAAGCGGAUCAUAGCAACCGGUGGGGCAUCCUCCAACGAAAGCAUCCUCAAGUCAAUCGCCCAGAUCUUCGGCUGCCCUGUCUUUACAGUCCAGAGACCUGAUUCGGCUUCGCUGGGGGCGGCGCUGAGAGCUGCCCACGGGUGGCUGUGCAACGCCCAAGGCAGCUUCGUCCCCAUCUCAUGCCUGUACCAGGGCAACCUGGAGAAAACCUCUCUUGGCUCGAAGCUGGCGGUGCCGGCCGGCGACAAGGAGGAGGACCGGGAGCUCCUCCAGAAGUACACCCUCCUGAUGAGGAAGAGGAUGGAGAUCGAGAGACGCCUGGUGGAGAAGAUCGGGCGAUCAUAGGAAAAUCACGAAUUUAGCACUUUUGAAGCUGCCAGGACCGAAUAAUUUGUGAAUAACUGUUGAUUAUCAUCCUUUAUACGCAAGCUCUCUUAGGUGAGAGUCAGUAUUGGUUCUGAUUUUAUAAGCCUGGCUCUGUGGCUCAGCUGAGAAAAAUUUGUGCUGGGACUCUGGACAUCGUUGUGAGACACGCACAAAACCUUUGAAAGAGACAGCACUUCGCAAGGGUAAACGAAUCUUAAAAAUCUUUGUUAUGACAUUGGCACAUUGUGAGUUUGUCGAAA